UCUAGGUGGUUCUAGGAUAGCGUCUGUAUGCGUCUUCAGUCACGCUACAUAGCUCUUCACCGAUUGUAAAGGGAAAUCGCGUUAACCGCUUGAAUAAUUAUUAUUAGAAAUUUGCAAUUUUUCUGCAAGCCUACAAAUAAAAAGUAAUUGGUGUAGUAACGGUGUGAAAAUAUAAUCAAAUGGAUUCGACGUUGACCAUGGCCUGAGUGACGGAAAAAUCUUGGCAACUUGGACCAUUUGUGAUCUCGGCAUACGCAGUUCCAUAAAGCACACGAGGUUGACUUCGGCGUCAAAUUUCGCACGUUACAUGCGUAUGUCACAGGAAUUUCUAGGCCAUUCCUACACCGAGGGUUUCGCUUAGUAGUCAUGCCACGUUCGAAAUAUAUACUGAAUAUUGAAUAAUUAACUUUAUCUGAAAGUAAAUCUUUGAUAUCUCAACCUUGGUGCGUUUGCUUAUUGCUUUCAAUAAUCUCAUCAAAAGAGAUUUCAGUUGUUAGUAAAAUAUCCAAUAUAUCUUCACAUUCUUAUAUGAAUAUUCAGAAAGUAUGAAGUGCCACUACGAAGUACUCGGCGUUUCGAGAGAUGUGUCAGAUGAUGAUUUAAAAAGAGCAUAUAGAAAACUAGCACUGAAAUGGCAUCCUGAUAAGAAUUUGGAUAAUACUGAAGAUGCUAAAGAACAAUUUCAAAUCGUCCAACAAGCAUGGGAGGUCUUGAGUGAUCCGCAAGAACGAGCUUGGUAUGACAAUCACCGAGAAGCCAUUUUGAAAGGAGGGAUAGGAGAAAAUUACAAAGAUGAUUCAAUCGAUUUGUUCCAAUACUUCACUACCAGCUGUUAUAAGGGCUAUGGCGAUGACAAAAAAGAAUUUUACACGGUUUAUAGAGAAGUUUUUGAACAACUGAUUGCUGAAGAAUCAGAGUUUUGUAAAGAAGAAGAGUUGGACGAUAAAGUACCUGGUUUUGGGAAUUCCACCAGCUCAUAUGAGGAUGUUCACAAAUUUUAUGCAUAUUGGCAAAGCUAUUCGACUAAGAGGUCAUUUGCUUGGCUAGAUCCAUAUGACAUUCGUGAUACUCCAAACAGACGAGUUUUAAGAUUGGUAGAAAAAGAGAACAAGAAAAUUAGAGAUAAAGCUAAAAAAGAACGCAACGAACAAGUCAGGAACCUUGUGGCAUUUGUUCGCAAGCGUGAUAAACGAGUUCAAGCACAUGCAAAAAUCCUGGCAGAAAGAGCUAAAGAAAAUACCAAAAAAACACAAGAACGGAAAAUGCAGCAACUUAUCCAGAGACAACAAGAACUGAAAAGUUAUACUGAGUCAGAAUGGUCAAAGUUUUCUAAUAUCGAAAAAGAUUUAAAGGUUAUCGAAGCAAAUCUCGCUGCUGAGUUUGGAGAGGAAUUAACUUCAAAUACAGAUUCUGAAGAUGCUGAUGAUAUGGAUAAUAACACCCUGUAUUGCGUUGCUUGCAACAAAAUAUACAAGACACAAAAGGCAUUUACCAAUCAUGAAAAUUCCAAAAGGCACAAAGAUAAUGUUUCAACCAUGAAAGCCUCAUUCUUGGCUGCUGAAAAUAAGGACUUUGAAAGCAGUAGUGGAGAGUACAAUUCAGACUCGGAAUCGGAUUCUAAAUUUGGUAUCAAAACAAAUAUUUCUUUACUGAGUCGAAACCGGAAAGAUGUUAUCUUGGCAACAAGCCCAGAAAUACGAGAUUUGUUGACGAACCCUAGUGAGAAUAUUGAUGUGAAUGCGAAAGGCAACCAGCGAAAUACAUCGGAUGAAGAAAUGAUUUCGGGUAAUGAAUCAAGUUCUGCAAGUAAAAAAAAUACAAAUAAGCUUUUGAAAGAAGAAGGUGUUAAACUAGCCACAGGCCCGGAAAUGGACGGUUUUUUUGAUACGGCAACUAGAGUAUCUAAAAUACAAGAUGACGCGGAUAUACUGACUUCUGAAGGUGAAUUGAUAUCAGAUCAAGAGAGCGAGCUUGAUAACCAAAUGUUACAUAUGACAGAAAAAUCUCGCAAAAGUAAGAAGAAAAAAGGUAAAAAUGUUCAAAAAGUUAUUCUUGAAAAAACAACCGAUGAUGAGCAAGAAUUAGAUGCUCAUUUUGGGUUGUCCAAGAAACAGCGAAAGAAACAAAACCAAAAGAAAGCAACUUUUGAAAAAGUCUCUACUUGUGUGAAAGUUGGUGCCAACAUCGUUGACGAUGAAAAAUCAGAUGGCAGCAAAAAUCACACUGUCCCAGAAACCACUAAGAAUUUUACUAACGGAAACCAAGUAGAUUUUGACAAUUCUGACUUGAACUUUGAAGGAGAUGCCAAAUCAUCGACUCAAAGUACAAAAAAAUCUAAAGGUAAGAAAGCAAAGGAAGCAAAAAAAACUCAGAAGUCAAGCUUGGAUGGGAGCAGGCCCAAGGACAAGAAGGAAAAAAAUAGAGGCGGGUCAUGCAGAGGAGGAAUUCAAGAUUUAGAUCACUGUUGUGUUCUAUGUGGAGCAGAAUUUCCAUCCAAGAAUAAAUUAUAUGACCAUUUGAAGAAGAGUGGUCAUUCUGUGUAUAUCAAUCCUGUGAAGAGUAGAAAAUCGUUGAGUAAAGACAGCGAUUGAAACUGGAGGAAAAUUAGUAAUAUAAUUCGUUGUAUGUGAUAUUAAUAUCUCGGUUAAUAAAAUUUUCAAAUAUUCUCAGUAUAAUUUAUUUUCAAUAUGCAAUGAGCAUCGAUAAAUCGAAAAUCAAGACAGUCAAGCAUCGUAAUGUUUCUUUCUUUAUUAUGCGUGGUUAUUUUUGACAUUAAUGAAAUUAUAUUAUUAUUUAUUCACUAACUAAUGCGAAGUUAUCAAGAUUGUCAUAGUUUAGAUAUAAAAUAGAGUAAAUGAUUAUCACAGGGAGAUAUUGACAAACCAGGCAUUCUCAGAAUCUUAAAUUGAAUGGCUUUUUAAAUAUUCAAUGUACCAUUAUCAGAAACUUCUGUUAAUAAAAAUAGACAUUAUAGAUAUGUAAAUAGAGAAUCUUUACAAGCUAAUAAAUCAAGCUGCUGACAGCUUGAAGACUUAUUGAUGGAGAGUGACGAGUGAGGAUGUGAUGAGUGAUGGCUAACAAAUCAGAUUAAUACGUGUAUAAUGGUUUAACAAAUGAACGUUUUAAAGAAUUACUUACUAUUGUGAAAUAUGACUGGCAUGAAAGUUCAUAAGUUGAACCUCAAAAAGUUUACUUUUCUUAUAUUGGUAGAGUGAGUUGAAAAUUGCAUAAGUCUAUAUCAAUAAAGAUGAUGUGAAUUAAAA